GGUAAAUUGCCAGUCCUUCUGCUCGGUCAGUCUGCAGACUUGAGGCCAGGAGAAUUUGUGGUUGCCAUUGGAAGUCCAUUUUCCCUUCAAAACACCGUGACUACGGGGAUCGUUAGUACCACUCAACGUGGAGGGAAGGAGCUGGGGCUCCGCAACUCCGAUAUGGAUUAUAUUCAGACAGAUGCCAUCAUCAAUUAUGGAAACUCUGGUGGACCGCUAGUAAAUCUGGAUGGUGAAGUCAUAGGAAUUAACACGUUAAAAGUUACAGCAGGGAUCUCGUUUGCUAUCCCAUCGGAUAAAAUCAAGAAGUUCCUAACGGAAUCCCAUGACAGACAAGCUAAAGGAAAAGCUAUAACCAAAAAGAAAUAUAUCGGCAUUCGAAUGAUGUCCCUAACUCCCAGCAAAGCUAGAGAGCUGAAGGAUCGCCAUAAAGACUUUCCUGAUGUUGUCUCUGGGGCUUAUGUUAUUGAAGUAAUUCCAGAAACACCAGCUGAAGC